GCCUUCCCACUCUUGGACCAGCACGGCGGCGUUGGGGGUCAAUAACGCGAUGAUCGACCCGCAGAAACGGAAGGCUCCCGGGCCGGAUAUGGCUCUGGUGGCGGCGGCGGCUGCUGCUAAAAAACCCCGCCAUGAGCUCAUCUUGGGGCCGGGUCCCGGAGCUGGGCAACCGCCUCCGGGCGCCUUGUUGCAGGCGGGCCCCCCAAGAUGUUCCUCAUUGCAAGCACCCAUAAUGUUACUUUCUGGUCAUGAAGGAGAGGUUUAUUGUUGCAAGUUUCAUCCUAAUGGAUCCACCCUAGCCUCAGCUGGGUUUGACAGGUUGAUACUCCUAUGGCAUGUGUAUGGUGACUGUGAUAAUUAUGCCACUUUGAAGGGCCACAGUGGCGCAGUUAUGGAACUACAUUACAACACUGAUGGCAGCAUGCUGUUCUCAGCCUCCACGGAUAAAACAGUAGCAGUAUGGGAUAGUGAGACAGGAGAGAGAGUGAAAAGACUUAAAGGACACACUUCGUUUGUCAACUCCUGCUAUCCAGCAAGACGUGGACCUCAGUUGGUUUGCACAGGCAGCGAUGAUGGGACAGUGAAGCUCUGGGACAUCAGGAAGAAAGCAGCUGUUCAGACCUUCCAGAACACCUAUCAAGUAUUAGCUGUGACCUUCAAUGAUACCAGUGAUCUAAUAUCUGGCGGUAUCGACAAUGAUAUCAAGGUAUGGGACCUUCGUCAGAACAAGCUAACUUACACAAUGAGAGGACAUGCGGAUUCUGUCACCGGUCUCAGCCUAAGUGCAGAGGGCUCUUACUUGCUUUCCAAUGCAAUGGACAAUGCAGUUCGCAUCUGGGAUGUGCGGCCCUUUGCUCCCAAAGAAAGAUGUGUGAAGAUACUCCAAGGGAACGUGCAUAAUUUUGAGAAGAACCUUUUGCGAUGUUCCUGGUCCCCAGAUGGAAGUAAAAUAGCUGCUGGAUCUGCAGACAGGUUUGUUUAUGUGUGGGAUACAACCUCUAGAAGAAUCCUCUACAAACUUCCAGGCCAUGCGGGUUCGAUAAAUGAAGUGGCAUUUCACCCAGAAGAACCAAUAGUACUUUCUGCGUCUAGCGACAAAAGACUGUAUAUGGGAGAGAUCCAGUGAGGAGGAGGAGGAGAAGAUAACCAUGGAUUAAUUCGGAAGAUUUGCAGAACUCGAUUGCUUCCAACCAAUUUGAAAAGAAGAAGAAGAAGAAGGAAGAGGAAGAUGGUCCAUGAAGAGACUACAACUGUAAUGUUUCCUAGGCAGCGUUAAAUCGUCACCUGUCUCCUAAAAGAUCUCUUCUUGAAUUCUUUAACCACAUUUACAGAAGCCUAAAACACGUGGCAGUCCUGUUCCAUCAUUUGGAUGGAUGCACAACUGCUUUAUUUUACCUUUAAAACAUGUGCUCUCUUUUAUUUUUUUUAAAAUUGUUUUGACCAUGGUAAAGUGGGGAAGUAGCAUUUAAUAUUGCAUGCUUCCCUAAGAUUCGUAUGUCAUUUUUAUAUUAAAAAAAUGAAAUGCCAUAUAAAAAUUGCAGGUGGAAUUUAUUGACAUAUACAUCUUUUGCCGAUAUAUGACAGCCCAGGGGCAGAAGACUGGGCUAGAUACAGCAAAGUUACCAUAUUAAAUAAUCCUUACAGUGGGUAGCAGCGUGCUAGUGUAAUAUUUCAUAUAGAUUAAUUAAGAUUGUUUUUAUUGGAUUUUUUUUUAACUCAAAAGGAUAGCCUAAACUGAAUUGCAGAAUCACUUGUCUGCUCAACAGUGAAUAUCACCCAAAAUAACCCAUUCAGAAAAUGAUUAAUUGAUAACAAUGAUAUGUAUGGGAUUGUGGCUGUCUUCAUUCACAUAAGUGGUCUGGUUUUUUUCCCCGUAAAUUAUAAAUUUACAAAAUUUAGUAAAUUGCGUCUGUUCUUUCCUUUACAAUACUGUAAGUGUAGGAAAUUUCUUUGAGAAUGUAUUGAAAUAUAUAUCUUUUUUAGAAAAGGAAAAGCUUACUUGAGAGAACACACACCCAAAACCUGUAUGGGGUGUAUGUACAGUAUAUUCUCAGUACACUAACUUUGUAAGUUGCGCUUCUGUUGAGACUGUAAAGAUACAUCUGUCUGUUUUCUGCAUAGCAAAUAAUUUUCAAAGUAUAAGAUGCACCGGAGUAUAAGACGCACCAAGAUUUCAAAGAGGUAUACAAGAAAAAGUUUUUGCCCUCCCCGGCACCCAGGAGCACUCUGCAGGCCUCUCAAACCCUCUGCGCGUCUCGUUUUUGCGAAAAACGGACCUGCUUUUGGAGAAAAGGGGAUGCGCGAGGCGGGGUUUCGGGAGGUCAAAAAUGGCUGUAUUUGUUGUAUAAGAUGCACCAUCAUUUCCACCCUCUUUUGGGGGGGGAGUAUGUCUUAUACUCCAAAAAGUACGGUAACUGAUCUGUCCUAUUAAAAUAUGGGCAGUAUUGCAAAUGGAGCUGCGCAUGGGCUUGCCAGUCGCUCACGCUAAACAAUUCCCCUCUCUUCCCCCACCCCCCCCGCCUCCACCCGCCGAUCCGUAAAGCCGGAGGUUGGGGAACUCUGCCCUAAAUUUACCAAGAGUCCUCUGUACUUUAUAGGAGUCGUUUUCCAGGAGGCCUCAUUGCCUGUUUAAAAGCCUGUCUAAAUCUGUGUGAAACCUCUGUCCCGAAUCAAAACACGGCAUUGAAAAUGAGGUUUGAUCAAUGAAGGUUAUAGAAGAGAAUUAUUGUCUAGGUAUGGAAGCUGGAUCUAUUAAAAGCCGGGUAAAUGGA